AUGUUCCCUUCCUUGGUUAUUCUCUUCUGGGUUUUAGGAGGCGUUACUACUGUGGUGGUCGCCUUGCGCAUCUUCGCCAAGGCGAGGAUCGGUCGUUUAAAGGCGGAUGACGCCACCAUGAUGAUUGCCUGGGUUCUAGCCAUCGUUGCAUCUACCCUUUUUACCAUUGCCGUGCAUUAUGGCUACGGGCAGGAUAUUUGGGAACUUGACUUCGACUCUGUCGUCCACGUAUUCAAAUUCUAUACCAUCACUCAGGCAUGUGUCAUUGGCAGCAGCACUGCCGGCUGUGUGGCCUUUAUUCUCUAUCUUCAGGCCAUCCUAGGUGGGGAGAUGAAACAUAGAAUUAUUUUAUUUACGCUCGCAAUCUUGGAGGUGACAUUUAACGCCGUAUCCAUUAUCCUGAUAUUCACCGGUUGCAAAGAUCUGCAGUCGACCUGGAACAAAGGCCUCCCUCGUGGAUGUCUUACAGUACCCGUCAAAUACGCUACGCUUACUUUCAAACCGCUUUCAACACUGCAGUUGAUCUAUACCUUGUCAUAG